AUGUUUGGUAGCUUUGUGGGUACAGAUGCAGCCGAUACGAUUGGCCUGCAAUCUCAAGUCCGUCUGCUCAAAGAGCAAUUCGCUGAAUCUGAACGUCUACGUGUCUCGGAUGCCUCUGAGAAGGGUGUCCGCAUUGCAUCCCUUGAAGCAGAACUCGCCAAGUCAAAGCAAGACAUUGAAGAUUUUUUGGAGGCAUUGCGUAAUAUUGGUGCUGUCACGAAAGCUGUCUCGAAGGGUGAUUUGAGUCAAAAGAUCUUGAUCCAAGCGAAAGGUGUGGAGAUCUUGGAGCUCAAGAGUCACAUCAAUGAAAUGGUGGAUCGUCUCAAGUUUUUCGCAGCGCAAGUCACGCGUGUUGCGAGGGAAGUCGGGACAGAAGGUCGAUUGGGUGGUCAGGCAGAACUCAAAGACGUUGAAGGAAUCUGGGCAGAGCUCACCAACAGUGUCAAUCACAUGGCCGCCAAUCUUACGAUACAAGUACGAUCCAUUGCAGAAGUCACGACUGCCGUUGCACGGGGUGACUUAUCGAAGCAAAUCGAAGUACCAGCUCAAGGAGAGAUACUCGAAUUAAAGGUGACCAUCAAUUCAAUGAUGCACAAGCUUCAACGCUUCUCGACCGAAGUCACGCGUGUCGCACGUGAAGUCGGUACAGAAGGACGACUUGGUGGACAAGCACACAUCACCGAUGUCUCUGGAUGCUGGCGAGAACUCACUGAUCGUGUCAAUGGACUUGCCUCAAAUUUAACGGCUCAGGUCCGUAACAUUGCUCAAGUGACUACCGCAGUCGCUCGUGGAGACCUGACACGGAAGAUUGAAGUCCCUGCUCAAGGCGAAAUAUUGGAAUUGAAAGUCACCAUCAAUCGUAUGGUCGAUCAGCUUUCCAGUUUCGCCAGUGAGAUUACGACAUUGGCUGUUGAAGUCGGUACCGAUGGUAAACUCGGUGGACAAGCACAAGUCAAUGACAUUGAAGGCGUCUGGCUCUCUCUACAACAAAACAUCAAUAGAAUGGCACAAAACCUGACGAAUCAAGUGAGAUCCAUUGCAGAAGUCACAACGGCCGUUGCUAUGGGAGACUUGAGCCGCAAAAUCGCUGUCCAUGCAGAAGGUGAGAUUUUCGAAUUGAAAUCUACCAUCAACACGAUGGUGGAUAGGCUCCAGGUCUUUGCCUUUGAAGUGACGCGUGUUGCACGUGACGUCGGUAUUGACGGAAAGUUGGGUGUUCAAGCACAAGUCUCUGAUGUCCAUGGUCUCUGGAAGGAGAUCACAUUCAACGUCAACCAAAUGGCACGCAAUGUGACGGCUCAGGUUCGCGCUUUUGACCAGAUCACAGCGAGCGCGACGGAUGGGGACUUUAGCCGCUUUAUCACAGUGGAAGCCUCUGGAGAGAUGGAUCGCCUCAAAACAAAGAUCAAUACAAUGGUCAGCACAUUGCGUGAUAGCAUCCAGAAGAAUACGGCGGCAAAAGAGGCAGCUGAGAUGGCCAAUAACGCCAAGAGCGAGUUCCUGGCAAAUAUGUCACAUGAGAUACGUACGCCCAUGAACGGCAUACUGGGAAUGACGGCCCUUACACUCGACACACAGCUGACGCGUUCUCAACGCGAAAACCUCAUGAUUGUUCAGAAUCUUGCAAAUUCAUUGCUGACAAUCAUUGAUGAUAUACUCGACAUUAGCAAGAUUGAAGCGAACCGUAUGGCGAUUGAGGAAAUCCCAUUCUCGUUGCGCUCAACGGUCUUUGGCAUCAUGAAGUCUCUCGCUGCCAAGGCUACUGAAAAGAAGCUUGACUUGCUUUAUGAAGUGGAUGCUGGUAUCCCAGAUCAAAUUAUUGGCGACCCCUUGCGUCUGCGCCAAGUGAUUAUGAAUCUUGUGGGCAAUAGUUGCAAAUUCACCGCGACAGGCCACAUUGCGCUACUCGUUCAGCAAGUGAAAGUUUCGCCUGAUGCUGUUGUUGUUCAAUUCAUCAUUCGCGACUCGGGUAUCGGUAUCCCCAAGGAUAAGCUGGAAGUCAUUUUUGACAACUUUUGCCAAGCAGAUGGAUCUACCACGCGUAAAUUUGGCGGUACAGGUUUGGGUUUGAGUAUCUCGCGCAAGCUCGUUAGCCUCAUGGGUGGUAAUUUGAGAGUGGAAUCUGAAUUUGGUCAGGGGUCAUCCUUCAUGUUUGACAUUCACGUGCGACCAGAACCGAGCAACGACUCACUUGUUUCCAAAAUGGGCCAGUACAAAGGUCAGGCAGUCCUGUAUAUUGGCACUCAGGAAGAGCUUGAAGAGGCAGGCGCCGCUGCUUUACUCGAAAAGUAUUCUCUCAAAUCGUUCAUCUAUUCCUCGACUGAGGAAGCUUUUCAAACACCCAAAGCUCUGCCUACACUGGCAGCUGCCAUUGUCUCUUCCGUGGAAGUGGCGCAACAGCUGCGUCAGCACAAUUCGCUCAAGUACACGCCUAUUGUCCUGUUGGCACAUUUCGUCGCUGAGCUCAAUAUCCCAACCUGCUUGGAUCUUGGCAUCAGUGCUUACAGCAAUACACCGUGCUCUGAUGCUAGCUUCAUCAAUGCACUUUUGCCCGCGCUGGAAUCUCGAGCUUCACCUGAAUCUAACGAAAAGUCUAGCAGAUACAAGAUUCUUCUGGCCGAGGACAAUGCCAUCAACCAGCGCGUUGCGGUCAAGGUACUUGAGAAAUUCAAGCACUAUGUUGAUGUCGUGGACAAUGGUCUGCAGGCUGUGGAGGCUGUCAAGCACAAAGACUACGACUGCUGCCUGAUGGAUUUGCAGAUGCCAGUGAUGGGUGGUAUUGAGGCAACGGCCAAUAUUCGAGAAUGGGAAAAAGUGCACAAUAAGCGACGCCUGCCAAUCAUUGCGCUCACUGCACAUGCCAUGCUGGGCGAUCGUGAAAAGGUGCUGAUGGCGGAUAUGGACGACUACAUUACCAAGCCGCUACGCAUGAAUCUUUUGAUGCAAGCCAUCAACAAGUCUGCUACACUUGGCAGUCUUGUCACUUCUGCACUAGUCAAGAACGACGAUCCGCUGACUCUACAUUCGCCAAAGGUCGAUAAAGCCAUGCAGCAGGAUAUCGAAUCAAGUCGAGCCAUGGCAAGCAAUCACAGUCGCUCCUCAAGUCUUGCAGGCAGCAGCACAACCAAUCAUCUCGAGUUCCCAACGACUCAAGACAAGACGUCCUUGCCGCAUGCAAAUACAGAGGUUGAUUUGCCCACUUGCAAACGAUUUGGUGUGCGUACUGCAGACUGUGCCCCGCGCACCGCAAGUCCAACACGCGCAGGUCUCAAAUCAGCGGGUGCUCCCCUGACGAUCGAUACAUCAACAGCCAAGGGUACGUUGACCCGAAUGGACUCGGAGGAAGAAUCGCGCACUGCCAAGCCAGAUUUGCACCGCUUCCAUUCAACAUAA